GCUCCCAUGCGCUAACAUGUUGUCUGCUUGCCUCCACGCAGGGCGCGUCUUCAACGGUUCCGCCAAGCCGAUCGACAAGGGUCCGGUCGUGAUGGCUGAGGACUACCUGGACAUCAAUGGGCAGCCCAUCAAUCCCCACGGGCGCAUUUACCCCGAGGAGAUGAUCCAGACCGGGAUUUCCCCCAUCGACGUCAUGAACAGCAUCGCCAGGGGGCAGAAGAUACCCAUCUUCUCCGCUGCGGGGCUGCCCCACAACGAGAUCGCAGCUCAGAUCUGCAGGCAGGCCGGCCUGGUCAAGAAGUCCAAGGGUGUCAUGGAUUACCACGAGGACAACUUCGCCAUCGUCUUCGCGGCCAUGGGGGUGAACAUGGAAACCGCGCGGUUCUUCAAGUCGGACUUUGAGGAGAACGGCUCCAUGGAGAACGUCUGCCUCUUCCUCAACUUGGCCAACGACCCCACGAUCGAGCGCAUCAUCACGCCCCGCUUGGCCCUGACCACGGCCGAAUUCCUGGCCUAUCAGUGCGAGAAGCACGUCCUGGUCAUCCUGACCGACAUGAGCUCCUACGCCGAGGCCCUCCGGGAGGUCUCUGCCGCCCGAGAGGAGGUCCCCGGCCGGAGGGGCUUCCCGGGAUACAUGUACACCGACCUGGCCACCAUCUACGAGCGCGCCGGGCGCGUGGAGGGCCGCAACGGAUCCAUCACCCAGAUCCCCAUCCUGACCAUGCCCAACGACGACAUCACUCACCCUAUUCCGGACUUGACUGGUUUCAUCACCGAAGGGCAGAUCUACGUGGACAGGCAGCUGCACAACAGACAGAUCUACCCUCCCAUCAACGUCCUGCCGUCUCUCUCGCGCCUGAUGAAGUCGGCCAUCGGGGAAGGCAUGACCCGGAAGGACCACGGAGACGUCUCCAACCAGCUGUACGCCUGUUACGCUAUUGGGAAGGACGUCCAAGCCAUGAAAGCCGUGGUCGGAGAGGAAGCCCUCUCGGCAGAUGACCUGCUCUACCUGGAGUUCCUGCAGAAGUUUGAGAAGCAGUUCAUUGCCCAAGGGGCCUACGAGAACCGGACCAUCUUUGAGUCCCUGGACAUCGGCUGGCAGCUGCUGCGCAUCUUCCCCAAAGAGCUGCUGAAGCGCAUCCCGGAGACCAUCCUCUCCGAAUACUAUCCCCGGGAAGCAAAGGCCCAAAGCAGCUCAGAUACCGCUUUCUGAGGUCUAUUUACACAAGAGGGAGGAAGAAGAUGAUCUGGAUCUAUGUGCAGAUGGGACUACACCAGGCAUGGGUCAGCUUUGGCCCUCCCCUCCAGGUGUUUUGGACUUCAACUCCCAGCAUUCCUCACAGCCUCGGGCCCCUUCCUUUUGCCCCUCAGCCGCUUAAGCGGCUGAGGGGCAAAAGGAAGGGGCCCGAGGCUGUGAGGAAUGCUGGGAGUUGAAGUCCAAAACACCUGGAGGACUGAAGUUGGCCUUCUAGGUGUUGGCUCCAAAAGUUUGCAUGAUGUGUGUUAUGAUUUGGAGCUUUCCCAGCGAAGGCAUUGCUUCUUCUGGAUUCAGGGUUUUUGUUGUGUUUUGCUGCACAGCCAAUGCUGAAUGUAUAUCACCCCGAGUAUAUAAUAAUAAAAUAAUAAUAUACCGUGUUUCCCCGAAAAUAAGACAGUGUCUUAUAUUAAUUUUUGCUCCCAAAGAUGCGCUAGGUCUUAUUUUCAGGGGAUGUCUUAUGUUUCCAUGAAGAAGAAUUCACAUUUAUUGUUGAACAAAAAAAUUGAACAUUUAUUAUGUACUGUACGGUAGUUGUCGUCACAAACCAGCAUAAACAGACAAACUGUGAAUCCUAUCAAAAAUUUCUUGUUACUACCAUUAUUUCUAUGUACAACAAUCUAUGUUAUGUACAUUUA